GAUUCUUUCGAAUCCCUGUUAACUCUGUGCUCUCCGGCUAUGAUGGUCCCGGGACUCCGAGAGCUUUUUCUCACUAAGGCAUACCUGACUUGGCAGAGUUCUAUACGGAAGGCGAACACGAUGCUGCAUUGACAUCACGGCCUCGGGGGGUCUCCGGGAUCAUUGACUCACAACCGGUUUCGUGACUUCUGGAAUCGCUCUUCGAGUUCCUUUGUACCCCGGGCAUGACUUUUGCCAUCCCGGUCAGCGAUUCACGUUUCUUGUAAGCGCGCAUUCAAAGUAUAAAGCCUCGACCCGGCGUUCAGUUUGGGCAUUCACAAAUACUCACUAUGUUCCCUCAAUCUCUACUAGUUCGCGCUGAUAGCAUUGCUCGUCAUCUCGAGACGGUCUUCCUCUUUACAAAAAAUGAUAUCAGAACCACUCUGGUACCUUUCACCAUAUUCGCGUUAUCCGCAACUCCCAAACAUGACCCCACCCGCGCUUGGCAUGCCGCUUUGUGGAUAUGGUUCCACUUAUUGCAGUUCAAUAUUGCAAACCAGAUCCAGGAUCCGGAGGAGGACCGCAAGAACAAGCCCUCCCGUCCGAUUCCUGCUGGUCGUAUUUCUGUGGAUAGCGCAGCUGAUAUGCGCUGGGUGAUGGUGCCAGUCUGCUUGCUGCUAUCGCUGUGGUACGGCACUCAGGCUCUGCUGGCCAGCACCGUUUUCGCAGUGUUGACAAUCUGGUACAACGAACUUCACGGUGAUAAAAUGGGAUUGUCGAAGAACGUACUCACAGCCAUCUUCUGUGGGUGUCUGGAGGUCGGAGGAACUGUUGCUGCCGGUUCCCGGAACUCGUACAUUGAUAAGGCUGGUUUUUUGGCUGUCGCACUUAGCUCGACAGUAUUUGCAACUACACUUCAUGCGCAAGACUUCAAGGAUGAAGAAGGUGAUCGCCUCACUGGCAGGCGCACACUGCCCACAAUCUUCCCUAAAGCCGCGCGCUUUUCUAUGAUGCUCGGAAUUCCCCUCUGGUCAUUUGGCUUGAGCCGGAUCUGGAAGAUAGAUUCGCUCUCUACCACUGUAUUUGUGAUUUAUGGCGCUUUUGUGGGGACCCGAUUCGUGAUGUACAACACGGUAGACGCCGAUAAGCAGUCCUGCAAAUUUUAUAGCCUGUGGUACUCGCUUGGCCAUCUACUUCCAGGUUAUUGGCGUUUCUUCUAUGGUGCUUGAGUGUAAUAUUCGGGACUGAAAGCAUGUUGAAGCUUCAGUUUAUGCGGGCAUUCAAGUUGUCCCGUUAUAUAUUUUAUUAAUGUUCUACUACAUAAAGCAUAUUCAAUACUAGUUGAUUGGCCUGUAUACGCAAUUGCAUGGCAGUAAGUAAGA